CUCCAGCAGCACGCAUACUCCUACUAUCCCUUCUACGGCAAACCCGAUGACCCUGCCACCGUCUCUAAAUUCGCACCAUCAAGAAAUAGAGUUCCCGAUCGUUCAUCAAUCACACCUGCAUCCACAUCCACAUCUGCAUCUUUAUCCGCAUUCGCACCACAUGCAUCAACAUCCGCAAAUCGAACCACAACAGCAGCAAUCUCAGUCAACAGUGAGUCAGCGGGCGAUGGGGUUUCCCGAAGCCCAACCCGAUACUCCACCCCAAACUCCGCCGAAUAUGAAGGUGUUGAGCGGAGCUUUGAAUCUGCUGCCUACCGCAUCUCAAGUCCCUAUGACCGUUACUUGUCGCAACAGUAAUGUCAAUGACCUCACAGCUGACAGCAGCAGCAAUUAUCGGAAGAAUUUCUCGACUCGACUGGGCGAGUUUUCUCCCAGAGAUGAUUUUAGCAGCGGCAGCAACAGCAGCAGCAGUAGCAGUAGCUCUUUAUCCCCUCAGCUUCAUCGGAGCGAGCCAAUUUUUAAGCCGUUAUUCAAAAAAUAUACUAACUGAGAAUACCUUGCAUUUGCCGACUUAUAUUUACCAUAAUAACCGAUUUACGAAUGUGUACAUUAUCACAAUAUCUGUGUACAUCAUC